AUGCCUUCUCUGCCUCCCAGACUACCCAGCAGCAGCACCCGCACCUCCCAACCACGAGCCGCCCCAGCGUCAAAACCCCGCCCAGCGGGCAGCUUACCUCCCAUCACGCUGCGCACCAUCUCCCGCGCGCUCACGAAACGAAUCCCAUCGCCCUUCCCCUGGGCCACGCUCGGCCGCGGCGCCCUCGUCGUCCUCUCCAUCUACUCGUCCUUCGCGCUCUUCACGCGCUACAUCCUCGAAGUCCCGCGCAAUGAGGGCCCGUCCAUGAUGCCCACGAUCCCGGCCUCCAACGCACUGACCGUGAUCUCGCGCUGGUACAGCCACGGCCGAGGCAUCAAGCUGGGGGAUAUCGUGCAGGCGUCGAACCCGGUGUUCAAGGACCAGAUGGUGGGCAAGCGCGUCGUGGGCAUGCCGGGUGACUACGUGCUGCGGGAUGAGGCCAUGGCGGCUACGGCGGGUGGUGCGUUCGUGCCGGGGUUCGGGGACGGGAGGGAGGGGAAAGAGGAGAGGAGGGAGCCGGUCAUGGUGCAGGUGCCGGAGGGGCACGUGUGGUUGGCGGGGGAUAAUAUGGCCUGGAGUAGGGAUAGUCGGUUCUAUGGGCCGGUGCCGUUGGCGAUGAUCAAGGCAAAGACGUUGUGGGUGCUGCCGGGGUUGUUUACGUGGGAGGGUGUGUGGAGGGAGCAGAUGAGGAAGGUGGACGAGGUGGAGGAUGUGUGA